GUCUGUCUGUCGCUCUGGUUGUCGGUCGGUUUUACAAUUUUUUUUUUGUUUUGUUCGUUUUACGUUUUUUGUAAUUUUUAUUUCAAAUAUUAUACAUAAUAUACAAAUUAUAUUAUAUAUAAAAGACAACAUUUUAAAUUUAAUAUUUAAUAAUAACAAUAAUAGAUAUAUUAUAUAUAUAUAAAAAAAAAAUUUGUUAAAUAUUAUAUAUUUAUCAUCGUCUACAUAUAUAUCCGAUAUAUAAACAAUAAUUCGACGAAGAUCUCUUGUAAAUAAAAAUCAUUUGCCAUAGCAAGUUCCUGACUGACCGCAACUGCUGUUCGUGCCACGUUCUCUUGUGCGAGGGACGAGAAAGAUAAAAGCGAGCUAAAAAAAUGUUUUCGAACUUGUCGAGUUGGUUCUACGGAAGCAGCCCAGCUGAGAAGACCGACGAAGUAGUGGCCGAGCCUAGCCCUGACGCUUUGAUCGAAGUCGAUGAAAACUUCGAACCGAUCGAGAUCGACGAAUCCGACGACUGGGUCAUCCUUGGCAAAGGUGAUACGGAAGCGGAUCCCAAGAAGACCGACGAUGAAGGGAUGGUCGCCGAACGGCACAGUCGUUCGUCUUCGGCUUGCCAAAACGAAGAGGGCUGGUUCGUCACCCCUCCUCCGUGUUUUACAUCGGUCGGCCCGGCAGACAUGGAAACUACUCCUUUGGAAAAUCUCCUCAUCGAGCACCCUAGCAUGUCAGUCUACCACAGCCCCACUGUAAGCUCGGUCUUGCCGGAGAAGAGAACUCUGGCAUCGAUCGCCAGCAACAACGAGUCGUUCGACGACGAAACACCUAUUGUCUUUGAAGCCAUCAAGCUUAAAAACAGGUUACCAAAACAACAAAAGAAAAAGGCUUUCAAGAAAUCCGUUCCACUCGAUGAGUUCAAAAUGGCACCUGAAAAGAUUUUGGGCACGGUACCAGCAUCGGUGUCUGCGCCAAUUGCAGUUGAUGUCGCCAAGAAACUCGAACGUUCAAACGUGGAAAUGUUCCCCGUGUUAAGUCCAUCGUCCAACAGCAAAGUGUCUUCCCAGCGAGCAGUCCGAAGCUACAACGAAGUGGCGGCUUCAUUAAAACGCAGGCAACCCAAAACCGAAGUGCUAGAAACUGUUAAACAUGUGAAAAUUGCACCUGAAAUCAAAGUUGACAACAAACCAAAACCAGUAUCGCCCGUUGAAGAAGUUCAAGCGCCUGUCAAAGUUUCGACUACCCCCAAGAACGUAUUGAAGAAGGGCCGUAAACCACCAAACCCUCUGCCUCAUCUUGUAAAAGAUGAAUUAAAAAAAAUUCCAAAAGAAAUUGUUCCUAAAAUGCGAGCCCAAGAGCAGCGAUUGGUCAGAUUGAGUUCCUUUAGUGUUAUCCAGUCAUCAGAUCUGCCAAAAAGUUCUAAAAUGUUGAAGAAAGAAAUUUCCAAACCAGUCGAAGUUCAACAAGAGACAAUCAACAACGUAGUAACAAGUGCUGUAGAAGUACGCAAACCUGUUGUUGUUGACUGCGAAGAAAAGAAAAAGAGGAAAGCGCAACGCAAAAGUGUUGUUAAGCAAGCAAAGAUCGAAAAGGUAGAAGAUAAUGACUCUACUAGCAGCCAAGUUACCAUGGCCACUCAGACGACAGUGGUUCGACCCAAAUGUGAAGUUGUAGAAAAAAGGGACCAAAAAUCUCCUGUAAAGAAGGAGAACAUUCUAAUACCUUUGACAACAUCGAUUGCAUUGAAUUCUCUCGUGUCUCGACCCGAAGAGAAUGCUUACAAACACGAGCUGCUUAAAAGAGAGCUGGCAAUGAUUGCCGGCACCACCAAAGCUCAAAAAUUGCAAGCACAUAGAGAGACGCGUAUUUUGUGUCGCAACCAGCUGGCACACAUCAAUCGUGUGAGUAUCAUGUUGAGCGCCAGCAACAAAAGACUGAGGAGGGCUGACAAGAACAUGCGACCGUCGGGUGCUAACAACAACCGUAAAUGCUGUUAACUUUAUUUAAAUAUAUGAAAACAAAACAAAACAAAAAAAAACCAUACUGGCUAGUAAUAUAUUGGGUUAGUCUCAGUUAU